GACCCCUGGGAACGAGAUCAAUCAAAGAUGGCGGCGCUGUCUGGAGAGACAGUCGGUUCUUUGAGUUAGUUUGUCGUAAGUUUGUCCUGUUUCAUUUCAGCUUUUAUUUGUUAAACUUGACGGUGACAGGACCUGGACAUUAUUUCUGUUCUCUUCUUCUCAUUUUCGUCUUGCUUUUGACCUUAACUUUCGCGGCUAAAACGCCGUCUCUGUAUUUUCACUGGAGUCACACACUUGUCAAAAGCUCCCCAUGGAAGAGGACAGUGGAGAGUUCCCAGGACUGUACAACAGGGAGAACGACUUUACAGAGGAGGACAUGGAGCCUGAUCAUGAUGAGGAGGAGGAGAAGGAGAGUCUGAAGAAGAAGGAGAAACACAAGAAGGACAAGGCCCCGGGGUACGUCGCCUUCGAGGAGGAGGACUCAGAUGAGGAGAGCCCCAGUAAGGGGAAGAGAAAGGGCUUGUUCCGCAACCGUUUCUCACAGAACUCCAAAAGGAAGUUCAAGGACAAGGAGCGAGACAAGGACAAAGACAAGGAGAAGGAAAAGGCCAAGGAAAAGGAGAAGGAGAAAAAGGAAGAAAAGUCUCAUCAUAAGGAGAAGGAAAAGAAGAAGUCAUCCAGCCUGCCGCGAGACCUGACCCCAGACAUCCUGAGGUCCUACAGCUUUAAGGAGAAGUCAGGGAGAAAGAGAGAAGCUAAGGAGGCCAAGUCCCCGUCUCAGGCCCAGGCUCUGUCUGCUGACGAACUCAGCUCUCCUGCAAGAGAGCCCCCCCAGCCCAUCUUUGGGAUCCCCCUGCACGAGGCAGUGGAACGGUCCAAGCUGAUUGAUGGGAUUGAAUUACCGGCCAUCUUCAGAGACUGUCUGGACUUCAUAGAGGAAAGAGGUCUGUGUACAGAAGGUAUCUACCGUAUCUCCCCUGUGAAGUCGCAGGUGGAUGCCCUGCGUGCUGCGUAUGACCACGGUGAGGUCGUUGACCUACAGGACCAUGACCCCCACACGGUGGCUGGCCUGCUGAAGACCUACCUGCGGGAGUUACCUGACCCGGUACUCACCAUGGAGCUACUGCCGGGGUUCGAGGAUGCUUCAGCCCUUGCAGGUGAGGAAGACCGUGUGGCCGCCCUGAUCCAGAUGCUGUACCAGCUGCCCACCUGUAACCGCCUGCUCAUCACCUGGCUCAUCCAGCACAUGGUGCACAUCAUGGACAGGGAAGCAGAGACGAAGAUGAAUCUACAGAACAUCUCCAUCGUCCUGAGCCCCACGCUGAACAUCAGCCACCGCGUCCUGAACGCUUUCUUCUGUCACCACGAUCAGCUGUUCGGAGACGACGGGAUCAGGAAGGUGGGCCGUCCCCUCAGAUGGGAGAGCUCCACCAUGAACUUGGAUGAGAUUCCCGACAGUCCAAGCUCUAUUGAGGAGGAACUGCAGCGACAGGAGGCGCUGUUGGAGCAGCUGCACUCUGAGCUGGGCGCCGGGGUGGAGGACCCGGAGAAGGAAGAGAGACUCUGGGAGGUGCAGAGGAUCAUCACACAGCUCAAGAGACAGCUGAAGCGGGCCAAAACUACAUACGCCACUGCCAAAACCAGCACCAAGCAAAAAGAGAAAGAAACCAGACAGCCAGAGACCAAAGCAAAGGUUACAGAGACUAAAGAACCAGAGACCAAACCCACUGCCACAGAGAAGACAGCAGAGGAAAAACCAGGAGAAAAGAAACUAGCAGAAAAGAAAUCAGGAGAAAAGAAAGGAGCUGAAAAGAAACCAGCUGACAAGAAACUGGCUGACAAGAAAUCGGUUGAUGCAGAGAAACAGAAAGAAAAAGAGACAAAAGAAGAAGUUGAAGACAAGAAAGUUGCAAAACCUUCUGACCAGGAGGUUGAGACUAAGAAGGAGACUGAAGACCAAGUUGAGAAGGAGGAAGCUGCAGGUGUGGAGACAUUAGUGGUCCAGCAGGAGGAGGAGGCAGAAGGGAGGAUGGAGGAAGAGGAGGAGGAAGAUGAUGAAGAACUAGAGCUGCUCCUGGAGGAGGAGGCAGCCCUGAUUGCAGAGCAGGAGGAGCUGCUGGCUCUACAGGGCAACCUGCAGUCCAGGAUAGAGAAGGAGAGAACAGAGAUUGAUCAGUUGAAGGAGGAACUCGCGGAGGCGAUGAACAGCCGAGAGACAGCCUCUCCCCCUCAGCAGAAUGGAAUGCACUCCAGCAGCAGCAGCAGUAACAGCUCAGUCAACAGCAGCGACAGCAGCAGUGAGGAUGAGGAAGAGUUACAAGACAUUCUAGACGACCUUGUCAAGGAGAACCAAGAACUGGAGACCAAAAACUCGGACCUGAGCCUUGCAAUUGACCGUGAGCGUCAGCGUUGUGUACAGCUGAAGGUUCAGAUCAGGAUGCUGCAGAAAAGGGAACAGCUGGGCAGUGGGGAGGAUGGACAGCACACGGACAGCUCUGUACCACGCGCUGUCACUGUGGACAGGGAGACUACGCUAUAGUGAACAGCACGGACAGCACAUGGACAGUGCUGUAACACGUGCUGUCACUGUGGACAGGGAGACUACGCUAUAGUGAACAGCUAGGACAGCACACAGACAGCUCUGUAUCAAGCGCUGUCACUGUGGACAGGGAGACUACGCUAUAGACAAACUGUACACUUAGUCUACACAGGAGAAGGAGGCACUGACAAGGAUGUUAAUCUUUGGCAGGACUCGAGUAUUUGCAUAUCCCAUAACAUAUUGUUUGUUUGUUCAUUCUGUUUAUUUCUGAAAGUUCAGAAUUACUAAUACAUCCUUUCACUGUGCACAGUGAGACUAUGUUAUAGACAAACUCUACUCUAGUUUACAGUAUAUUCCAUAACAUAUUGUUUGUUCGUUCAAGUUUUGUUUGUUUCUGAAAGUUCAGAAUUACUAGUACAUCCUGCCACUGUUGACUUCAACGUCAUAUAGACAAACUACACCAACUGUACUGUAUAUUCUGCUAUGUUUGUUUGUUUGUUCAGGUUCUGUUUAUUUCUGAAAGUUCUGAAUUACUAGUUCAUAGAAAUCAUAGAUAAAGAGACUAAUAAGGCCCAUAGAAAGAUUAACGAGGCAUGAAUCCCAACGAAGGUUGGGAGCUGCCCAAGGCCUAGCUUGGGUACCAUCCUACUUGUAUGCCGGGGCUCCCACAGUCGCAUACUUGUUAGGGAAGCGAGUGUGGGAGCCCCGGCAUACAAGUAGGAUGGUACCCAGGCUACCCAAGGCCUACUUACCCCAACUCCGCAAGGAGGCAGGGGAGGCCAGAAGAUCUACUAGUAAACAAGUCACCGCCUAGUUUCUCGCGAGACUAGGUCACUCCGUGAUCAAGGCGUACAGUGGACGUUGAAUAUUUGAAGGUACGUGUUUGAUACCCUUCUAACAGUCACUGUCUGAUGAAUAUUCUAUUAACUGUUAAACUAUACGUGACUGAUGAACCUCUUCAAUGAUACCGGUAAUACAUUAUUUCAUCAUGUAAAGGAAAACAAUAUGCAGCCAAAUACAUGUUGUAACCAACCACCUUAUUCUCAACCUACUAGUACUAACAGUGGUUGGGGUGAGUGUAUGGUGUAGAGUUUAUAGUGACUAUAGACUACCAGAUACUGGGAGUCUAUAGUCGACUAUAUUCAGGAAUCAGAGGUCAUAAUUUGAACCAGGUGAAAUUAUCACCUAUGUGGCAACUAGUUUGUUCACCAGUUUGCAUAAUCACCGGUACUGACAAGAAUACCUUUGAUACAUAGAUACUGAUGUAUCACAGGAAACAUUCUUUUAACUGACAUGUUAAUCUUUAAAUUACUGUACAACCAGUAGCAAGUAUGGCAUUUACACAUGGUGACCAUGUUAGUACUGUAUUUAAAAAAAAGUGCUUCUCUAAACUAAAAGAGACUAGUGUGUAACAUGUACAUGUGCAAUAGUGUUGUUGAAAGCACUGAAGAAUCAUACAAAUUGAUCAAAGAACACCUUAAUCAUGUUAUUCUUCCUGGACUGUCAAUAUGAAAAUAUAUUAACAGCAAUAGGAUAUGAAAAGCUAUCCAGCAAACUAACAGUAUUAUGUUAGGAAUAGAGAGGAUCAAGCAAAGGCUUUUGUUUUGUAGCAAUAUGUAUAAAUGUAACAUGUUAUUUACACAUGUAGCAAUUACAACAUCGUUGUACAUGUAUAUUCCAGUGGUAGCGUUUGGAUUUCUUUUAUUUUUCUUGUAGAUAAAGUGUUAACUUUAUGUAUGGUAAUAGACGUAAAAAGCUAUAGAAAAUACAUAUACAACC